AUGAGUAGUCAGGAACUGGUCACUUUGAGCAUGGGAGGGAAGAUAUUCACAACAAGACUUUCUGCCAUAAAGCAAUUUCCUGCCUCUUGAUUGGCCCGAAUGUUAGAUGGCAGAGACCAAGAAUUCAGCAUGGUUGGUGGCCAAAUUUUUGUUGACAGAGAUGGUGUUCUAUUUAGUUUCAUCUUAGAGUUUUUGAGAAGUCGCCAGCUUUUAUUACUCUCUGACUUUUCAGACUAUAGUAGACUUCAGAGAGAGGCUCUUUUCUAUGAACUUGAUUCUCUGGUUGAUCUCUUAAAUAACCAGCAUCUGCUACAAGAAAGACCUGUUCUCCUGAAGGUACAUUUUUUAAACCAAAAUUCUCAAGCUUUUUUCAGAGUGUUUGGCUCCUGCAGCAAAGCAAUUGAGAUGCUAACUAGAAGGAUAGUGUUCACAGAACAACCUUCAGCACCUACUUGGAGUAGUACCUCUUUCUCUGCUCAGAUGACCUUCCUUUCACUACCUCCACAAAGACCUUAUCAUGACCUGGUUUUCCAAUGUGGCUCUGACAACACUGAUAAGCAAACCGGAAUCAGGUAUUAG